AUGCAGGUUUCGACGAUGGACAGUGCCUCUGUUUUUGAUGCCGCUCAUUAUGCCAAGUUCCCCAAUUAUCCCCAAAUGGAACUGGAUUAUAUGCAGUUCCUUUCAAAGGGCAUGCAAUCUCACCAUGCGGGCAGUCAAUCUGAAAAUUCUUUUGUUGUCAAGGCGAUACAAAAAAUUGUUGCUGACAUAGACAAGUCUCUUGACACUGGUGAUCAAUGGAACUCCCGUGUCAAAAGCCUUGAAGCCCUUGUGAGGCAAAUGUCUCUUCGUAUCGAUGAAUUGGAAGGUCAGGUGAAACGUCUUGGUCAUAUCUUCUCAUCUGAAUUGCCAAAGGAUGCCAAACCUGUGCACAAACCCGCUCCCAAAAAAGAAGAGGAAGAAGUUGAUGAUGACUUUGAUCUCUUUGGUGAUGAUGACGAAGAAGAUUCGAAACCAAAGCACGUUCCAGUCGUUGCAAAGACUUCUAAAAAGAAUGUGCCAGUCGCCAAAUCGAUGAUUGUUUUAGAUAUUAAGCCAUGGGAUGAUACCACCAAUAUGGAGGAGUUGGAAGCUAAAGUGCGUGAAAUUUCUACCGAUGGUUUGGUUUGGGGUACUGGAAAAUUGGUUCCUCUUGCCUACGGUAUCAAGAAACUCCAGAUCGCCUGUGUUGUCGAAGACGAUAAGGUCGGAUCUGACUAUCUUGAAGAAAAUAUUACAGCCAUUGAGGAUUAUGUUCAAUCUGUGGAUAUUGCUUCUUUCAAUAAGUUGUAA